AUUUGUAAGGCUCCCAUUGCUGAUGAUGCUGAUUCCCCACUUGUCUGUGACUUUCGGUAGAAAAGAUCAAAGGAAAAGGUCCCAUCACAGAUUCACCACAUCUAGAGACACAUUCCCUACAAAGCCAUUGGCAGCCACCCUCACUUUCUGCUGCUGUUUAUAAUUAGAAAAUAUUCCAAAAACCAAAACCCACAUAACGAAAGCAGGACCGUCCCUUUGUGGGGAAGAGAGGUGGAAAAUGGAAGCGAAUCAUCCGCUAAAUACUAAUAUGAUAAACGAGAUGAGAGGAGAGAUAAACAAAAAAAGGGUAGCUUUCUGGUAAGCCUGGUGGGUCAAGUGGUGGUAUCCCUUUACCGGUAUUUCGGUUUAUUACCCUGUAUUUUCCAUUUCCCCAAAGUCUCCUUCCGAUUUCAGAUAACCCCAUAUCCAUAUCGUCAUCGUCUUCAUCCUUUUCCUUGUUUGGUUGAUAAUUGGUAGCAGUAUAUAUACAUUCCAUUAGGGUUUUUGGCUUCUGGGUUUGCAAUGGCGAGAGAGAAGAGAAUGAAGAAAGGAAGGGUAUCAAGGAUUGGGAACUAUGCCAUAGCCUCCUCCUUAAGGGAUCACCACCACCACCCUUGUAUUUCCUGCACAACCUUCAACAUCCUUGCUCCUAUAUACAAGCGUCUCAACCAUGAGGAUACCAACUGCAGGGAAAGCGAUUGCAGAACAUAUUGGCUCAGCAGGAACCGGGCAAUAUUGGAUUGGUUGAUAGAUGAAAGAUCUUCCAUUAUUUGUCUCCAGGAAUUCUGGGUUGGGAAUGAAGAGCUUGUAAAUUUGUAUGAGAAGAGACUAGGCGAUGCCGGCUAUAUCAAUUUCAAACUUGCCCGGACGAACAACAGAGGAGAUGGGUUGCUGACUUCUGUUCAUAAGGACUAUUUUAGAGUUCUGAACCAUAGGGCGUUGCUCUUCAACGACUUUGGAGAUCGCGUUGCUCAGCUGCUACAUGUUGAAUUAGUUGCCCCUUUUCCACAUUGCAGAAGCAGCAACACCCACCAAGAAAUUCUGAUAGUGAACACCCACUUGCUCUUUCCUCAUGAUUCUACUUUGUGUAUAAUUCGGUUGCAACAGGUUUACAAAAUUCUGCAAUAUGUGGAGUCCUAUCAGAAGGAAAACAAGCUUAAUCCCAUGCCCAUCAUACUCUGCGGUGACUGGAAUGGCAGCAAGAGUGGGCAUGUUUACAAGUUCCUUAGAUCCCAAGGCUUUGUGUCAUCAUAUGAUACUGCCCAUCAAUACACUGAUGCAGAUGAACAUAAGUGGGUUAGCCACCGCAAUCAUCGAGGAAACAUCUGUGGUGUAGAUUUUAUAUGGCUUCUUAAUCCAAAUAGAUACCGAAAACUACUGAAGACAAGUUGGAGUGAGGCAGUAUUUGGCAUGUUCAAGUAUCUUCUACGAAGAGCUUCGCUGACAGAAGAUGAUGCUUUUGCCUUUUUGAAGGCUGAUAAUCAUGGUGAUUGCAUUACCUAUUCAGGCUUCUGUGAAGCACUUCGACAGCUUAAUUUAACAGGCCAUUGCCAUGGACUGAGCGAUGAAGAGAUAAAUGACCUCUGGGUCCAAGCAGACAUAGAUGGAAAUGGUGUUCUUGAUUAUAAGGAAUUUCAGAAGCGAAUUUGGAAUCCAACAUGGUCACAGCAAAGAGAUGAAAAUAUCAACGAGGCCUGGGAUGAAGUUAUGAAGGGUCCCAAGGAGCAAGCCAUUGGUUUUAGUGUGAAGAAUGCAGUUCUCUUCCCCUCUGAAGUGGAGAAAGGAAUGUGGCCUGAGAACUAUUCUCUUUCUGAUCAUGCUCGACUCACUGUGGUAUUCUCACCAGUAAGGAUGCCCUGCGCUCAGAUUACAUUCUGACCAACCCCAGAUGGAUACAGCUUUGGUGUAAAAUUUGCAUAGCAAGAACAGUGAAUACAGGAACCCUCUACAGAAACCAUCUGCCAAUGGAUGAUCAAAAGCAAUAAUGGUCAAGAUUCUCAUUGAGCCAUGAGAAAUGCCUCUUGCUUCCUCCCUUGCUGGGCUUGGGAAUGCAGAUUCUCUUACACUCAAGGAGGAAAAGAGGGGGGAAAGUUCUAAAUCCAUUCCUUGUCACACAGCUCUGUUGGCAGCCAACUCUGAUAUCAUCCGGUUUUGUUUUAGUCUUUUGGUGUAUUUAACAGGCAAAAAGGAGAAGAAAGAGAGACUGCAAAUCUGUGUAGUUUUGGGAAAUAUGCAGCCCCAUACACUCACAUUGUUUUGUAGCAGAGAGAGAGUGCAGUCUGUCUUAGGAAUUUUGUCAUUUUGAGUACCAUACAAGCAUCUUGUAAUAGAUCCCAGCUCAGUCUCUUCCUAUCAGAUAUACCAGAUAGAACAUUACCCGACAGAAAUUGUACAGAAUACAGAUUUGCACAUAGCUUGAAUGCCCAAAAGAUCUUAAUUUUUAAUCUGAAAGAAGCUUUUUCCAUAA